GCUCAUGGAGAACUUGACCAUAUUUCCUGUGCAGCAGCGCAGCGUUUCCUUAUUCCACUCUUGACUAAACUUUUAAAACACAUUUUUACUCUGGUUUAAGGUCUCUUCUUGUAGCAUAAAUGCCUACUUUUUCGUCCAAAGCUCCUGGUUUUGUUGCCGUCUGCGUUCAUUGCUAGGUGAUGGACGGGCAGCAGACCCAGGUGAGCGACGAAGAGCCCAAAGUCCUGCGAGAAGAGCCCCGGAGGAGGAGGAGAAAGAAGGCCAUCACGUCGUCGUCCGGCUCCUCCAUGGAUCAGAUCAGUGUGGAGUUCAUCCUGCCCACCGUGGUGCGGGGGGGAAGCAGCCCCGACUCUCUGCUGCUGGAUGUGGCAGGAAACUGGACGGUGGAACAGGUGAAAGCUCAGGUGUGGCUGAAGGCGGUGACUCUGAACCUUUGUCCGGACUUCUACCAGAGGUUUUCCCCGGACCACUGCAUCCUGCUCUACCAGAAGAAAGGCAACGUGUGUGAGAUCUACGACAAGCACCAGGUGUUCCAGACGCUGGACUGCAUCCGCUACUGGAGAGCCCUGAAGAAAGAGGUGGGGCGGAUCCAGCUGCUCCCCCGCCCCCAGCCCUCAGACGAGUCCCUGCAGUACCAGCGAUACCUAAACUACCUGAUCGCCUACGACGUGACGGACGUCAGCAACGUGCACGACGACGAGCUGGAGUUCACCCGCAGGAAGCUGCUGACGCCGCGGCGCAUCGAGCUCUCUGACCGAGACCCUAAACUCUACUCCAUGGACCCCUGGGUGACCCGCAAGAGGCUCCCGGAGCGCCUGCUCAACAAGGCCAGUAACGGUAACAUCCUGCUGGUGAUCCACAUCGGCACGGCCAGCCAGACCAUCAAAGUGUCCAUCAGUGACACGCCAGCACAGGUACUGCUGAGCUUUUUCGCUAAGACGGCGAGUAAGAAAGCUUUGCUGGGAAUUUCUGUGGACACAUGUGAGGCAGACUUUGUGCUCCGUGUGUGUGGAAGGGAGGAGUACCUGUACGGGGAUAAACCUCUGCAGGACUUCAACUGGGUCCGUCAGUGUCUGAAGAACGGGGAGGAGAUCCACCUGGCCCUGGAGGACGCCCCUGAUCCAGACCUGGACCUGGUUCAGAAGGAGAACUGGGCUCAAGUGGACGACUGCACCGGAGUGGCGGGUACCCAUGAGCAGCUGACCAUCGAUGAGAAGGACCAUGAGCGCGUGUUCACCAUCUCCAUGUGGGACUGCAACAGGAAGUUCAGAGUGAAGGUGCUGGGGAUCGACAUCCCAUCCCUCCCCAAAAUCCCAGAGCUCAUUGUCUUCAUAGAAGCCAGCAUCUUCCACGGCCAGCAGCUCUUAGCUCAGGAGAGGACGUCCUCUAAGAACUUCAACGAAGAAGUGUUGUGGAACUGCUGGUUGGAGUUUAACAUAAAGAUCAGGGACCUGCCGAAAGGAGCACGCCUGAACCUGCAGGUGAUCUGUGGGAAGCAGCCCCUAACUCCAACCUCUAAGGGGACCUUGUCCUACCAGGAUACUGCAGCAUCGACAGGCAGCCAUGAAGGAAAGACCAAGAGUCGUCUCCUGUACUACGUCAACCUGCUGCUGAUCGACCACCGCUCGCUGCUGCGCCAGGGCGAGUUCAUCCUGCACAUGUGGAAGAUGCCGGAGAAGAGCGAGGAGAGCAGCAGCAGCAUCAACGCCGACAAGCUCACCUCGGCCACCAACCCCGACAAGGCGUCCGCCAUGGCCAUCGCCAUCCUGCUGGACAAGUACUGUUACCCCGUGGUGCUGCCCAAGAGCCGGGACGUGUGUCGGGACGGGGGGGGCGGCGGCGGCGAGGAGGCUGAGGGGGAGCGCGGCCAGAGAGAGAUGCCCAACCAUCUGAAGAAGCAGUUUGCGGCCAUCGUGAACACCGAUCCCCUCCACCCACUCAGCCCGGAGGACAAGGAGCUGCUGUGGCACUUCAGGACCGAGUGUAUGCGCGACCCCAGGGCCUACCCUAAGCUGCUGGCCUCAGUCAGGUGGGGGAAACAGGAAGACGUCCUGGCAACACACCGUCUGCUAGAGCGCAGCAGUGCGUGGGACAGCAGUGGUCUGGAUGUGGGUCUGGCCAUGCAGAUGCUGGACUGUCACUACUCAGACGCUCAGGUCCGCUCCAUGGCCGUCAGGAAGCUGGAGACUCUGGAGGAUGACGAUGUGCUCCGAUACCUCCUUCAGCUCGUCCAGGCAGUGAAGUUUGAGCCGUACCAUGACAGUGCCCUGGUCAGGUUCCUGCUGAAGAAAGCUCUGAGGAGUAAGCGUAUCGGUCACUUCCUCUUCUGGUUCCUGCGCAGUGAGAUCGCUCAGUCCAUGCACUACCAGCAGAGGUACGCCGUGCUGCUGGAGGCCUACCUCAGAGGCUGUGGGGAGGAAAUGCUGCAAGACUUCAGGAAACAGGUGGAGAUGACGGAGGCUCUGCAGAAAGUCACCCGAGAGAUGAAGGCCAUGUACGCCGACAAGUACGACAUUACUACACAAGUGGUGUUUCAGCUGCGUCAGAAGCUGGAGACUCUUCAGUCGGCCGGUUCUCCCAAGAGUUUCAGAGUCCCUUACGAUCCUGGACUAAGAGCUGGAGCCCUGCUGAUCGAGCAGUGUAAAGUGAUGGCGUCUAAGAAGAAGCCGCUGUGGCUGCAGUUCAAAAGGGCCGACCCCACCACCCUGUCCAAGGACCCCAUCGGCAUCAUCUUCAAAGACGGGGAUGACCUCAGGCAGGACAUGCUCAUCCUGCAGAUCCUGCUGAUCAUGGAGUCCAUCUGGGAGACGGAGUCCCUGGAUCUCUGCCUGCUGCCGUACGGCUGCAUCUCCACCGGGAACAAAAUAGGUAUGAUAGAGAUUGUGAAGGACGCCACCACCAUCGCUAACAUCCAGCAGAGUGUGGUGGGGAGCACGGGGGCUUUUAAAGAUGAAAUCCUCUAUCAGUGGCUGCGGGACAAGUGUGUCUGCGAGGACAAGUUCCAGCAGGCGGUGGAGAAGUUCCUGUACUCCUGCGGGGGCUACUGCGUGGCUACCUACGUCCUGGGGAUCGGGGAUCGCCACAACGACAACAUCAUGAUCACCGAAUCUGGGAAUCUCUUCCACAUCGACUUUGGGCACAUCCUGGGGAAUUACAAGAGCUUCAUGGGAAUCAGUAAGGAGUGGGUUCCCUUCGUGCUCACACCAGACUUCCUGUAUGUCAUGGGAACAUCCGGGAAGAAAAGCAGCCCUCACUUCUUGAAGUUCCAGGACGUGUGUGUGAAGGCGUACCUCGCCCUGCGGCACCACACCAACCUGCUCAUCAUCCUCUUCUCCAUGAUGCUGAUGACCGGCAUGCCCCAGCUGACCAGUAAGGAGGACAUUGAGUACAUCCGGGAGGCGCUGACUGUGGGCCGCAGCGAGGAGGAGGCGCAGCGCCACCUGCUGGACCAGAUUGAGAUCUGCAGGGAGAAGGGCUGGAUGGUUCAGAUCAACUGGUUCGUUCAUCUGGUGCUGGGCAUCAAGCAGGGCGUGGACAAACGCUCCACUUAGGACUCUUUCAUUACCCUUCAGACCUUUCUGUUUCUUUAUUUGAAGUAAAUAAGUCUUACGCCACAUUUCAACAGAAGACUGAACAUUUCAAAUUAAUCGCACAAUGAUUUUUGCUAAAACAGAUUUUUAGACUACCUGUCAUUUCAACAAAAAAUAUAUUUAUAGGAAGAAUAAUGAGAGAUUAAUAACGAAGAGAUGGAUUUAUACUACUGUAUGGAAAAAGGCUGGAACUUUAAGAGCAAAACUACUUUUAAACUGUGGUACAGCACAAUACAUUAAAUCUGGUUUAUUUUGUUUCAUAGUGAGGAGGAAGAUAUAUUCUGCCUGUUUUAUUGCACUGCUUGGACCAAGUCUUAAAAACUCAAUAACAUUAAAAGGUUUUUUUACAAUGACUAUAAAUGCCCAAGUCUUUGCCUGAUCACAGAGUCAAGCUACUUCCUGUUUCUAGUCAAAGUCAUUUCCUGCUGAACAAACACAUUAGUUAACAUUUCAUUCUGGCUGAAGCAGUGUCCCUUGACUCCGAUUAAUCCGUUAAGUGAUUUUAUAUUGAAAAUAUCUGCUUUUAUUUUUUUAAAUACUCUGCAAGGAAUUGUUUCUGGUUUUAAACCACUGUAAUGUCACUGUUGUGCUUGAGGUGAGAGUUGUAUUAUUUAUAUUAUCAACAAUCAUUUCCAUUUGCACUCAUUGCUAAGGAAUACUUCCUAAAUGUCAUAGAGAACUUGAGGCUUUUAAAAAAAGAAGAUAAUACAAAAUGAUGUUUAAAAUUGAAUGUAAUCAUGCUAAAUGUUUGCUGUUGUUGACCUGUGGCACAUGCUGGUCAGUGCUGUGCUCACUUUUUAUAGUAUGUGGAGAUACAAGUAUAUUUUGAGAAUAUACUAUAUAAUAAUAAUUUGACAUUUUGAAUUAUGCCAUCAAUACAAUCACUCAAUUUUUUAAACCUCUAUGCUAUCUUAACAUUUCUUAAAAAUACAAUCAAGGAACCAACUUUGACUGAAAGAAACACAUGUUUUGCUUAUGUUUUUCAAAUCACAGACAGAAAUCCCAGCAGUGGCUGAGGCCAUCACAGAUUGUGUAUAUAUCAAUAGGAUCAUUUUUGUUAUGACGUUUCAUGAGCACAAGUUACUUCCCUGUUUUUUUUAGCAUCAUUAGCAUCAGCAGUAUUUUUUCUAUGGCUUGCAUUUCUCUUUUUUUCUGAAAAAACGUUUUGUAAUAAAGCCUUUUGUGACUGUAAA